AUUGACUAUUGGAUCCUCGCCAAACCGUUUAUAAGAACACAGGCAAAAAACCCGAGAGCCUCACCGUCGACGAUUUUUGUACAUGCACACCUCACGCCACCGCUUCCAACUCGCAUUCCUAUUCGCAAGUCGCAACCCAAACACGCCAACCCUUACCGACACUUCUAUCAGCGACUGAGAGCCUACCAUUUCAGCGCCGCUACCGAUAAUGGGUCCAGUCUACGGAGCUCUUCCGCUCCGGGAGGACUUGUGGAGUGAGGACGCCACACACACGCUCAUCGAGGCAUGGGGAGAACGUUAUAUCGCCGUAAACCGCGGCAACCUUCGUCAGAACCAGUGGCAGGAGAUCGCCGACGCCGUUAACAAUUACGUUAGCAGUUGCCGCAGUCGCAAAGUCAUCGUCACCACGAAAGAGACGCCUCGUACGGACGUCCAGUGCAAGAACCGCAUCGAUACCCUCAAGAAGAAGUACAAGACGGAGAAGGCUAGGGUUCUUGACUCCAACGGAGCGUAUAUCAGCCAAUGGCCUUUCUUCGAGAGCCUCGACGAUCUCCUUCGGACUAGUUUCCAGGCCAAUUCAACGCCGUCAACCGACCGGAGCCCGUUGCGGGCGGCGUGGUCAUUUUCUCCGGUUCCUGUCGGCCCAAGGUCGGCGACUAAGAAACGGACGGCUCCGACGAAAAUUCCGGCGGGCUGUGCUGACGAUGGCUCGCUCUUCCUCCGGAAUUUCUCAACGUUCAGUGCCUUCGCGUCGGCGGCGAUCGAGGCGGAAGGUUCGGAUGGGUGGAGGUCGAGGACAGGAAGUCGGAGAAAGGAGAAGACGCUAGGCACAGGUAAUUGCAAGAAAGAUGGGUACGGGGAGCUUGCAGAAGCCAUAGAGAAGCUUGGCGACAUGUACGAGAGAGUAGAGAGAGAGAAGCAGAGACAGAUGAUAGAGUUGGAGAAGCACAGGAUGCUGUUUGCUAAGGAACUGGAGGUCCAUAGAAUGCAGCUUUUUGUGGACGCCCAGGUUCAGUUUCAGAAGAUUAAGCGACAUAAACGAGACAACGGAGUCGCAAGGGUGGUCAUUUUUCAAGUCGUUUAGAUGACAAAGGCCAUUCUCGAAUACCAAGAAGUGGAUCUGUAGCCUAUACUAUGUCAAAUAUGUUGUUACUCAAGAAUUGCCCAUACUGUCAGCAUAGGUGGGUCAAACUUGUUUCUAUCGAGUGGCAAUAUGAAAGGCAAGAAAUGAAGCAUUCAUCCGUGACUGGGUUAAACACUGAGAGGCAGAGUGAUUUUUAUGUUCUGGGAUUACUUUAUUUACUCUUCUUUUUCCCUUACUGAGAGAUGCCAAUGGCAAAGGCCUUUCAAUAAAGUGAAAAUGAAGCCCUAGGUUUUGGAAAAUGGCAAAAAUGGAAUCAUGUGGCUGAGAUGAGGCAGUUCAUGAAAUGAGAAAAGCUCAUUAUGGACAUGCUCAUGGAAUGUUUAUAAGUUCAUUGAGACAUCAGUAAACUAGUUGAUAUCAUACUGAUAAAAGACUCUUUAAUUGUUUUGAAGUGUAUGGUAAUGAUUUGUUUCUUGUUUCUUCGAAGCCUAAUUGAUGAUUGUAUUAAUGAUAAUGAGCAUUCAUAUGUUUUUCAAUUGAAGAGCAUUCAUAGGCUGUUUGUCUGUUAUAGGUACAGUGACUCAAAUACUCUUCUCAAGAGAAGAAAAAUGUUGCAUUUCAAAUACAAACAUGUAAUUCAUUUUGUUACUAGUAUUCACUUCACCGUUGCAUUAUACAUCCAUUGAACCUUCAACCUUUUGAUGUGAGCUCUUAAAAGUAGUCAAGCAUGUGUUUGAGUAUUGAGUAAAUUGUUGUUCUAACCAACUAUUGAUAUUGAAAGUUAUGGCCUUUAGACACUUUUGUUUUGGGAAUUCAUUUGUGCUUUUGCUUUUACUCUUGGAGGACCAAAUGGGAUACAUCAAGUUACUAGGAAUCAUGGUUUUGUGAGUGGUACAUUUGAUAUGUUAAUGCUUGACCUAGAUGUAGAGCUUCUCAUGCACAAUCAACUUAAUCAUACUUCUGGUGUUUCAUUUUGCUUUAUGACAUCCUCGUUCUAG